CCUGGGCCUCGAACUUUUCCUGGCUUACUCUGAGGGACCCGACUGAUGAGAUAACACGUUCGAAACGAUAGCAUCAACAGUCGUCUUGGAAAAGCAAUCUCUGCCACUUCAGCUGAUGCGUGGUGCUUUUUCGAGGUUUCUGAAGGCCGUCCAACUAACGAAUACUGUGUACUCCACUUACACAUGACCUUUGGUUUUGAAGCUUCCCAAUUGUUUGAUCACCUCUUUAAACCUCCUGUGCAUUCGUAAGAGCAAGCUGGACAAAGACGAUACCAAUAGACUCAUACCACCAAACUCCACGCCUAAUUCAUCUGAACGGAUCAGGAUGGGGAACUCGGAAAACCCAGACUAUUAUGGUCUCGUAGAUAUGGGAAGUAACGGCAUCCGUUUCUCUAUAACCUCCCUCGCGCCCCAAACCCGCCGCAUCCUCCCAACCAUCUACGUCGACCGCGCCGCCAUUUCUCUCUACGACGCCCAGUACCCCCCCGGCACCUCGACCCGCGUCCCCAUCUCCGCCUCUACCAUCACCGCCGUCAUCCACUCCAUCCUGCGCUUCAAAUCCACCUGCACCGACUACGGCGUGCCCCCCUCCCAAAUCCGCCUCCUCGCCACCGAAGCCACCCGCACCGCGCCCAACUCCUCUGCCUUCCGGGACCAGAUCCAUGACGAAACAGGCUGGACCGUCGAACUCCUCCCCAAAGAAGAAGAAGGCCGCAUAGGCGCCUACGGCGUCGCAAGCAGCUACAGCGCCGUCCACGGCCUGGUCAUGGACCUCGGCGGCGGCAGCACCCAGCUCACCUGGCUGACCACCAGCUCGGGAGAAAUCCAAAUGAGCCCAAAGGGCUCGAUCAGCAUGCCCUACGGCGCGGCCGCCCUCACCCGCGAACUCUCCUCCGCCUCCUCCCACGCCGCCUACCGCGAAAAGGUCACCGCCGACCUCAAAUCCGCCGUCGCGUCGCUCGCCAUCCCCCCCGCCCUCCUCCACGCCCCCGCCGGCCUCGCCCUCUACCUCAGCGGCGGCGGCUUCCGCGGCUGGGGCUUCGUGCUCAUGGCCGCGCACGCCAUCACGCCCUACCCGAUCCCCAUCAUCAACGGGCUGCACGUCACGACCGCCGCCUUCCACGACACGGCCGCCGUCACGGCCGCCGUGCAGCUCGCGUCCGCCGACUCCACGCCCGCCAUCUUCCGCGUCUCGGCGCGCCGCGCGAGCCAGGUCCCCGCCGUCGCGUUCCUCGUCUCCUGCCUCGCCGACGCCCUGCCCGCCAUCAACCACGUGUACUUCGCCCAGGGCGGCGUGCGCGAGGGCAUGCACUUCGCCUCGCUCACCCCCAGCGAGCGCGCGGCGGACCCGCUCGUCGUCGCGACGCGGGACCACGCGCCGCCGGACGUCGGCGAGCUGGUCGCGCUGCUGCAAGCCGCCGCGCCGGGCAGCCCGCUGCCCGCGGCUAUGAUCACGGCGUUUGCGCAGGCGCUGUACGCGCACGCGGCGCUGCCGAAGGAUAUCUGCGCGGGCGCGGCGCUGCGGGCGACGACGACGGGCGCGUGGGCGGGCACGCACGGGGUCAGCCAUGAGGAGCGGGCGGUGCUGGCGUUGUUGCUGUGUGAGCGGCAUGGAGGCAUGAGCCGGAUCAGCCCGAGCGAGCAGGAGUUCUACGGGCGCAUUGUGCGGCUGGCGCCGGAGGGGUGGGCGUGGUGGUGCAUGUAUGUGGGCCGCGUGGCGGGGGUGGUGGCGAGCGUGUAUCCGGCGGGGGUGGUGCCGAGGGGGUAUCCGGGCGGGGCGGCGGUGAGGCAGAGGAGGUUGGUGGUGCGGGCCGCGUGGGGAUAUGGGAAGGGGAAGAGCGUGUUGGGGGUGGAUUUUGGGGUCGAGGGGGUUGCGGGGUGGGAUGAGGGGUUCCAGAAGGCGGUUAAGGGGGUGGAGAAGGUGGGGAAGAGGAAGAAUUGGGUCGGGGGUUGGACGGGGUGGAAGGUUGAUGUUACGGUGGAUGGGGAAGCGUUUGAGGGAUGA